UUCCAACAACUAACCUAGAACAAAGGUUCGAGAAAAAUCGUGAGUUUGCGAAAGUUAAGUUUUCACUUUUGGUUGAGUUGUUUUCCGCUCUUCUCUUGAUUUAAGUUAAAAAUUCAAUCAGUUCAACAUGACCCUAACUCCAGACCAAAAAGCUGAGAAAGACAAGCAACCGAAACCGGACUUCGGAGUCCUGGAAGAGGAUGAUGAGUUCGAAGAAUUUCCUGCUGAAGACUGGACAAGAAAAGAUGAAGAUGAAAAAGACAUCAAUGUUUGGGAGGACAACUGGGACGACGACAACGUAGAAGAUGACUUUAAUGUCCAACUUCGGGCAGAGAUGGAGAAGCAGAAAUUCCCAGUCUCAUUGUAAAUGGCACCAACAAGCUUUUGAAAAGAUUUGGAAUGAAUGAUUAUCGUAUGCUGUCGCAUCAAACUAUUUGCUGCGGAGAAUCAUGAUGGAUAAUGUUUGUAUUAUUUAAAGUUCUUUCAUUCUGUUUAUUGUAAUUAAUUUCCUCUUUAUUUUGUAAAAUUCUAAUCUCAAUUAGC